GGUCAAUCAAGAAGCCUAGAAUAUCGCAUCUGAAUGCUGAUGUCUUUCCGAGCAAGACGGACUAUACGAAACAGGGCAUCUUACCGCCGGCCAGAAUACAACCAAUUACCAAUUCUUCAAGUGAGUGGAGCUAAAUUUUUUUAUAAAACUAAAUUUUCAACAUCGCAAUCGUGUACAUUAUAAAUUUUAUUAUACAAUUCCCAUGCAGGGUCAAUCACUAAGAUUGGAGUAUCGCAUUUGAAUGCUAGUGUCGUUCCGAGCAAGACUGACAGUACGACACAGCACAUCUUACCGCCUUCCAAAAUACAACCAAUUAACAGUUCGUCGG